GCUUCAUCCUGGAGAUUUGGAGGUGGUAGUACGAGUAGUUCGGCUCCUCCUGGAAACCAGGUGUCGACUCAUGCGGGCUUCGAUGCCUUUGAGUUUAUGCGGCAACAGGACAGAGGCGCAAGCGAGUUCACGGAGCAGACUUUUUGGCACAAGUUGUUGAGCGCGGACGCUAAUGCCAUGGCAGAUGCGGGGAUGGUGGCAGGAACUCCCGAAACGAGUGGGGAAGAAAGCGAUGGAGUACUUAAUAGAG